AUUCUAGAGUGUUGAAGCAUACAAGAUUCUAGAGUGUACCUUUUUCCCUCACCGAGGAUGUGGAAUUAAGAAUAAGUUGGUUUGUCAUUUUUUUGUUCUGUUGAUUUGCCAUUUCCUUUGUAAUAUUUUUUUUCUAUUUUCUUGUUAAUUGUGAUACUUAGGAGUAAAGUUAAGAAUAAUAGUAUUCUCUGUUACAGUGGCCCUAGGAUUCAUCUGUGGUAAGAAGAAGCCAAAAUUGUGUCAUUUCAUUUGGAGUACAUGAUCUUUCAAUGGAAAUUUGUUCCAAUAAUUCAUAAGCUCUUGCAGGCUGUGUCGAAUACUUUUAGCUGUUGCUACGUUUUAAUUCGGCCAUCUUUACUAAGAAUCUUCACAUUUCAUUAUUUGUUUGAUACUCGGCCUGUACUUUUGUCAGUUCCUUUGAGUUUUUUGUGUGGAAGUUACAGGGGAGAUAGCCUAUGAUUGUGUAGUUUGCUGUGGAACUCGUGGCAGGAAGAGGUUCAUUUCUCACACACUCUUAGGAUAAAAACGGUCAUUUUGUACUUACAUAUCUAAUAUAUUAUUGUUUUGGGAUAUUUGUCCUUUGAUGGAGUGCCUUGCUAGUUUUGGAUUUUUUGUGUUGCUGUUUCAGCAAGAUUCUAGAGUGUUGAAGCAUACAAGAUUCUAGAGUGUACCUUUUUCCCUCACCGAGGAUGUGGAAUUAAGGAUAAGUUGGUUUGUCAUUUUUUUUUGUUCUGUUGAUUUGCCAUUUCCUUUGUAAUAUUUUUUUUCUAUUUUCUUGCUAAUUGUGAUACUUAGGAGUAAGUUUAAGAAUAAUAGUAUUAUCUUUAGUUGUACAUGAGUUCCUUCUGGUAUAGUGGGAAAGUCUAAUUUUGCGUUGGAGCACCGGAAUCUACAAUUGGUACAUGAACUCAUUCUGGUAUAGGGGUAAAGCCUAAUUUUGCAUAGGGGUAAAGCCUAAUUUUGCAUAGGAGCUUUGGAAUCUACAAUUGGUUGUGUCCUAUAUUCUCACAAUUGUCGUUCUUUGAUUUUGGUGAUCUCUACUCUGACGACGUUAUUUUCUUGUUUCUUUGUCUUUUGAAGACUUGUUUUCUCGAUCUUUUGAGAGGUAUGUGUGGGUGUCACAUGGGGAUGUAGGCAGUGAAAGCCAUGGCAUAGAUUAUCAAGGACUGUGAUUUUGCUAUGGAGAGAGCCAGAUAUAAUAAACGAAUUUCUUCAAUUAGUGGUUCUUCAUUUUUUAAUUUUUGGCUUUGAUCAGAAGAAAAAAGAAUAUAAUUGUGAGAAUAUUUUUCUGCAGCGCGAUUUGUCAAACUAAUAAAUUCUUCACGGAGUGUGCCUUGAUGUUUGAUUUGGUGUAGAGUACCAAGUUUCAGUUUUAAUGUGGUACCCUAUACUAAUAUUAUAAAUUAUGUCCAUUCAUGUCUUCUCGGUCAAUUCCUAUCAACCAGACCAGUUUUCUCGAUUUACUUUUAUGAUUUCCACUAUUUCAGGUCAGAUGAGUCUAUUGGUGUGUGUGGUAAGAGUUGAUUGUUAUAAUUGAAAGAUUGUUAUAAUUGAAAAGUUGAGCCUUAGGGGUUUUCUUAGUUCUUAUUAUUAAUACAUCUUUUUUCUUACAAAUGUUGUUCUACAUUUGGGUUUUUGAUUUGUAUUCUCACAGUGCAAAAGUUUAGGAGAACAUGGUGGGGCUCUCUUUGUUCUGAUGAUAUGCAACCUGGUUUGCAGAAUUAUGCUACUCUUCUAUCUUUUUUCUUGGUUUUUUGUGCAUCUAUUUGUCACUGCAAAAUUUUAUGUACCUGUACCAUCUGGUGUUUCAUUGCUUGAUGUGAAUGCACCUUUUAGUUCGCUCUCUGAAGUAGAAAAAUUGGAGAACUCAUCUUCUGCUUUGUACAACUAAUCUUCUGUGAAUGAAUUGACAAGGACACAUGAACCAUAAUGUCAUGCUGGCUGUUCAUAUAUUUCAUAGGCAUUAAUUUCAGCAUCCACACUCCUCGAUUCCUUUAUGAAAGCUUAGGGGGUGAGAUUAUCAACUCCAUUCAAAUUUUGGAGAUAAUUGACCAUAUUUUAGUCAUAUAUUUCCUACUAAUGUUUAUUCAGGAUUGUUGUCCUCUAACUGUGUACAAUCCAAUGUUGAUGUUUUGGUGUCUGCAUAGUUUUUCUGGUUUAGAAUCCAAGAUUCUGGAGUAAAACUUCCUUUCCCAUUACGAGAAAUUUUGGACAACUUGGUUAGGUGGUGUAUCUUUGGGAGACAACUUGGCUGGGAAGUGAUAAUAUUAUUUUAGCGUUUUGUUGUUAUUUGUGAUUUGUGGUUGGUAUACUCCUAAAAAGAUAUUGUCUUCGUUACAGUGGCAGAAGGACUCGUCUGUAGUUGGAAGAAGCAAAAAUUGUGUCAUUUCAUACAAGAGUACAUCAUCUUGCAAACUGGAUGGAAAUUUCUUCCUAUGAUUCCUCGUCUAUUGUCCUGUUUCGUAUACUUUCUACUGCCGCUAGACUUUAUAUUUGGUCAGCUUUACUAACCAUCUUCACAUUGCAUUAUUUGUUUGAUACUCAACUUAUACUUUUUUCAGUUCCUUGGAGGUUUCUGUGUGGAAGUUACAGUUGAGAUAGCCUAUGAUUGUGUGGUUUGCCAUGGAAACCGUGGCUUGAAGAAGUUCAGUUCACAUACCCUUCGGAUAAAAACAGUCAUUUUUUUUUCUUUACAUAUCUAAUAUCUUAUUGUUUUGGGAUAUUUGUCCUUUGAUGGAGUGCCUUGCUGGUGUUAGAUUUUUUGUGUUUCUGUUUCAGCAAAAUUAUGUAGUAUUUGAAGCAUACAAGAUUCUAGAACCUUUGCCCUCCCCAAGGAUGUGAAAUUCAGGAUAACUUGGUUUGGCACUUUUUUGUACUGUCGAUUUGCCAUUCCUUUUGUUAUAUUUUUUUCUCUAUAUUAUUGUCAAUUGUGAUAAAUAAAAAUAAGAAUAAGAAUAAGAACAAAAUUAAUAUAUCAUCCCUCAAGUUGUACAAGAUCUUUGGUGUAGGGGUGCUGUCAAAUUUUGUAUAGGAGGACUAGAAUCUACAAUUGACUGUAUCAUAUUGUCAAAGCCGUUCUUUCACUUGGUUGUUUCUACUUUUGAUUGAAUUGUUCACGUUUGUCUUUUGAUAAUCUUGUGUGGGUAUCACGAGGAGGACGUAGAGUGAAAGCCAUGGUAGAGAUUAUCAAAAAGAGAGCCUAUGAAUGUACCAUUUGAUGUGAAAGCUGUUGCGGACAUUUUAAGGACAUGCUUUUUAAGCCUUUGGAUUUAGUAGGUGAUUUUUCUCCUUGAAUUUAUUAAUUCUGGAAUGGGUAUCCUGAUAUUGUAAUUUGGCAAUAUUGAUUAUUGUGUUUUUAAUUAAAAGCUUAAGGAGGGCUUCAGUAUAUAUGAUUAUGAAAUACAUAUACAUUUCUUUCAAAGAUAAUUUGAGACAUGCGUUCAUCUGUUUACAGAAAGAGUUGAAGUUUAGUUCAUCUAGAGCCUUUUUUGAUACUUGAUGCAUGGAUUAAUUACAGAUUUUGAUCGUAGGGCAUACUAAUGAAUCAUGAACUUAAUUUUCUGCAGCUUGGUUUAUGAAAAUGACAACGUUCUUCAUAACAUUGAGCCUUCAGCUUUGAUUUUGUGAUCUCUACUAUAUUCUUUUUGUUUAAGUAUUUCCUUACCGAUUCGAGAGAAUUUUUUUCCAAUUGUUAUUUCCCUGUUUGGUGUUGCAGGAGAAGUAAUAUCUGAAACACAGAAUUCCUUCUGGUUCUAUCUUACUGUUUGAUCUUUAUUAUUCGCUCUCUUUUCUCCUUGGUUAUUUUGGUUUCCUGAUUGAGGUUUUUUUAUAGGUUUGAUGUUCUUGCUGGUUUUGAGCUUGAAGUUUGCUUUUAUUAUUAUGAUUAUUGUAUUUGCUGUUAUUAUUGAGUUUUUAGGGCUUUGAUCGUCUGCUCUUCCAAUUCUUCUUUUAUGUCAAUUUUUUGAAUUUGAAUUUUUUUCUUCAUUUGAUUGUUUAUAUAGUUUUUGGAUAUAAUUAUGCAUUCGAAAAUCGAGAGAUACUCUUAUAUAGAAAAACAAUUGAGAUGUGUGUUUAUCCGUUUUGCAGCUAGCUUUUUUCUUGGUUUUUGUGCAUUUAUUUGUCACUGACAAAUUUUCUGUACCUCUCCACACUUCUCUAUUUCUUUGUGAAAGCUUAGGGGGUGAGACUAUCAACCCCAUUUAAUUUUGGAGAUAAUUGACAAUUUUCUAGUCAUAUUUCCUACUAAUGUUUGUUCUGGAUUGUUGUCCUCUGACUGUGUACAAUCCAAUGUUGAAGUUUUGGUGUUUGUGCACAGUUUUUCUCCGGUUUAGCAUACAAGAUUCUGGAUUAACACUACCUUUCUCUUUGCCAGCAAUUUUGGACAACUUGGUUAGGUAUCUUUUGGGGACAACUUGGCUGGGAAGAGAUAAUAUUCUUUUACCGUUUUGUUGUUGUUUGUGAUUUGUGGUUGGUAUACUCCUAAAAAGAUAUCAGCUUCGUUACAGUGGCCGAAGGACUCACCUGUAGUAAGAAGCAAAAAUUAUGUCAUUUCAUACAAGAAGCAAAUUGGAUGGAAAUUUGUUCCUAUGUUUCAUCGUCUUUUGCAGGCUGUUCCGUAUACUUUCUGCUGCUGCUAGACUUCAUAUUUGGUAUUAAGAAUCUUCAGAUUUCAUUCUUUGUUUGAUACUGUACACAUACUUUUGUCAAUUCCUUUGAGGUUUAUGUGUGGAAGUUAUAGUUGAGAUAGUCAAUGAUUGUGUUGUUUUUGAUAUGGUACCUUUGGCACAAAGAAGUUCAGUGCACAUACCCUUCAGAUAAAAACGGUCAUUUUUUUCUAUACAUAUCUUUGUUGUUUUGGGAUGGUUGUCCUUUGAUAGAGUGUCCUGCUGUUGUUGGAUUUUUUAUGUUUCUAUUUCAGCAAGAUUCUAGAGUGUUGAAGCAUACAAGAUACUACAGUUUACCUUUUCCCUCCCCGAGGAUGUGGAAUUCAGGAUAAGUGGUGUGCCACUUUUUUGUUCUGUCGACUUGUCAUUCCUUUUGUUGUAUUUUUUUUCUAUAUUCUUGUUAAUUGUAAGGACAAAAAUAAUAAUAUCAUCUCUCAAGUUGUACAAGAACUGGUGUAGGGGUGAAGUCAAAUUUUGUAUUGGAGGACUAGAAUCUACAAUUGCCUGUGUAAGUUGUAGUUCUUUCUUUUGGUUGUCCCCACUUUUCACUGAAUUAUUCACCUUUCUUUGUCUUUUGAUCAUCUUGUGUGGGUGUCACGAGGAGGUAGAGUGAAAGCCAUGGCAGAGAUUAUCAAGAAGAGAGCCUAUGAAUGUUCCAUUGGAUUUAGUGGGUGAUUUUUCUCCUUGAAUUUAUUCUGGAAUGCGUACCCUGAUAUUGUAAUGUGCAAUAUUCAUUGUUGUGUUUUUUAUUACAAGUUUACAGAGGGUUUCAGUAUUUAUGAUUAUGAAGUACAUGUACAUUUCUUUCAAAGAUAAUUGGAGACAUUUAGAGCCUUUUUAGAUACUAUGCAUGGAUUAGAAAAGGAAAACCGCCAGAUAAAUCAAACUUCUUCAUUGAGACAUCAUUUUUAUUUACAGAUUUUGAUCUUAAGGAUAUGGGUUGCAACAUCUGUGGCAUUAGUAUCAAGUUCAAUCGGAUAUAACUUUGAAUGUAAUGUGGGAUGUGAAGGCAUUGGCAGACAUUAUCAAGGAUGUGAAGUCUUUAGAAUAAAACUUGUCAUUGUAUCGAAAUGUAAAUUUUCUUGAAUUUAAUAGUUGUCCGUGGUGUUAGUAAUAUUGAUUUUUGCGUAUAUCAAAAGAUAAGAAAUGCUUAUGUAUUUAUGAUUCUGCCAAACAUUGGGUAGGAUAUUGAAUUUGGAGUAUAUUUCGCAGUUUUAGGAACAGAUGUGCUUUAAUUUCCUUUACUAUUGCCAAGAAUGUGAAUGUUCUCAUCAUUGAAAUCCUUUUUUUUAUCAUGGUUUUAAGAAGUUCAAAGUUUGUUUCAUUAUAGUUUAUAUUUAAUUAAUUUUGAUCAAAAGGAUUUUGAACAAAGUUCUUCACUGCAUGAUGACUUGGGAUUUGCCUAUCUCUAUUGAAAUGUUUUCCUUUUAAUCUUUACUAAAAUUUUCAGUGGCUUUCUUGUUUUCUUAUUUGUUUUAUUUUUGCUUGUGUUGCAAGAGGAAUAUUUUGAACAUGCGAUUCUUAAUUAAUUACUUCAACAAAUUAGAAACACAUUUGUCUUAUUAAAUUGUAUUAACUAUUUUUUGAAACAACUGGUAUGUCAAGCUCUUGGUUCCACUUUAUUUGAAUCAUUAAUAUGUAAAAUAAUUUGAUUUAUUAAAUGUUGUCAUUUCUAUAUUGGAAUAAGUAGUUAUGAGGUCUAAAUAUCUAAAUUGCACAGUCAUUAGGUGAAUGCAGUCUAAUGUAUUUCCUUGUAUGUUUAUAACGUUAAAGAGAAAUCAGGAGUCCUUAGACAUGUAAGUUUUAUUCUACUUUGUUCAUUCAUCAUUGGCUCUAAAUAAAAUUUAAUAUUGUCACUGGAUCAUGUAUUACUUUUUCAAGCUAUUAUGCAGUUUACCAUGUUGAAACAAUUAUAUUCUUUGUAGUAUUAAGCCUUAGUUUAAGUUUGGUGACAAAGACUGAAUAAUUUUUUUUUUUUUUAUUGUGUAUUUUAGUUAUAUUCAAUGGUUAAAGAUUUUUCUUAUUAUGAGGAGUCCAGGGUGUCUAAUUGUGUUGUUGAGAAGAUCUUUCCUAAUUGCGAUGAAUGAUAUGUUCUACUGCCUGUCAAUAGUUCCUACUUUUAUUAGGCUCAAAAUUGGUCAUCUCUAACUCUUUUAAUUGCAAUUUUUCUUUGAUAAGCAUCUACCUUUUGCACUUCCUUUUUGUUUUCUGUGCAUGUCACAGGGAGUCCAUCCGUGUUUGGGUGUGCCGUGGAACUCGUGGCAGGUUGUGGUUUGCACCAUUCAAUACAAUCUUUGGAUGUUUUCCCCUCUAUAUGUGAAUAAUUUUAAGGGUGGGUUAACUUUCAUUUUCUAUUCGUCCAAGAGUUUACAAAUCCACAACAUCUACCUUUUGCACUUCCUUUAUGUUUUCUGUGCAUGUCACUGGGAGUCCAUCCGUGUUUGGGUGUGCCGUGGAACUCGUGGCAGGUUGUGGUUUGCACCAUUCAAUACAAUCUUUGGAUGUUUUCCCCUCUAUAUCUGGGAGUCCAUCCGUGUUUGGGUGUGCCGUGGAACUCGUGGCAGGUUGUGGUUUUGCACCAUUCAAUACAAUCUUUGGAUGUUUUCCCCUCUAUAUGUGUGUCAAACUUUGCUCAAAAAUAGGGUUUGUCAAACUUUUUGUCAAGAUAUCAACAGUUUGCAGAUUGGAAGUCACAAAUGGCAAACAUAAUCAUUUUAAUGGAGUCCAUCCGUAUUUGGG